CCCCCCGAAGCUUACGAGGGUUGGUGACGUUCAUGUGAUUUUGGCCUCAUAGAGGGAGGCAUCCACUCUUCUUGCCGCAACACUUCCUCUUUGAAAGGUCGAUACUGGUUGAGUUGUCGGCUUCAAACCAACGAUCAGUCCACAACAAACAACGAACAGGAAACCAAGACGGAAAACUAAGAGGAGAAACAGGGUAUCCACCUAUACAAGGUUCUGAUUGAUUUAAGGCUGCAAAGAGCUCACCUUCUUGAGCAACAUGGGGGAACUCUUCAGGAGUGAAGAGAUGACGCUGGCUCAGCUCUUCCUCCAGUCAGAAGCUGCCUACUGUUGUGUUAGUGAACUGGGAGAGAUUGGGAUGGUGCAGUUUCGCGACCUAAAUCCUGAUGUGAACGUGUUCCAACGAAAGUUUGUCAAUGAAGUACGAAGAUGUGAAGAGAUGGAUCGCAAACUGAGGUUCGUGGAGAAAGAAAUAAAGAAGGCGAACAUCCCAAUAGUUGAUACAGGAGAAAACCCUGAAGUCCCCUUCCCAAGGGACAUGAUCGACCUGGAGGCCACAUUUGAGAAGCUUGAGAAUGAGCUGAAGGAAAUAAACACUAACCAAGAAGCCCUAAAGAAGAACUUCCUGGAACUCACUGAGCUCAAGCACAUUCUGCGUCGCACACAACAGUUUUUUGAUGAGAUGGAGGACCCCAGUUUACUGGAGGAUUCGUCCGCCCCGCUGGACCCCAAUGAGGUCAGCAGAGGAGCUCCUCUCAGACUGGGAUUUGUAGCUGGAGUCAUUGGCAGAGAACGUAUCCCCACAUUUGAGAGGAUGCUGUGGAGAGUUUGCAGAGGAAAUGUGUUUCUGAGGCAGGCAGACAUUGAAGAUCCUCUGGAGGACCCGACCACGGGCGACCAGGUGCACAAGUCUGUCUUCAUCAUCUUCUUCCAGGGAGACCAGCUGAAGAAUAGAGUCAAGAAGAUCUGUGAGGGGUUCAGAGCAACUUUGUACCCGUGUCCAGAAACACCACAGGAGAGGAAGGAGAUGCUAGCAGGAGUGAAUGCUCGCAUUGAGGACCUGCAAAUGGUGCUGAACCAGACAGAGGAUCACAGACAGAGGGUCCUGCAGGCUGCAGCCAAGACAGUCAGAGUGUGGUUCAUCAAGGUGAGGAAGAUGAAGGCCAUCUACCACACCCUCAACCUCUGCAACAUUGAUGUCACCCAGAAGUGUCUGAUCGCUGAGGUGUGGUGUCCCGUCUCUGACCUGGAUUCCAUCCAGUUUGCCCUGCGCAGGGGGACGGAAAAGAGCGGCUCCACUGUGCCUUCCAUCCUCAAUAGGAUGCAGACCAAGCAGACCCCACCCACCUAUAACAAGACAAACAAGUUCACCUCAGGCUUUCAAAACAUUGUGGAUGCCUAUGGAAUUGGCAGCUACCGUGAGAUUAACCCUGCACCAUACACCAUCAUCACCUUCCCUUUCCUAUUUGCGGUCAUGUUUGGCGACCUGGGCCACGGCGUUCUCAUGACCUGUGCUGCCCUGUACCUUGUAUUGAGAGAGAGCAGGCUGAUGGCCCAGAAGAACGAUAAUGAGAUGUUCAGCAUGGUGUUUGCGGGGCGCUACAUCAUUCUGCUGAUGGGAAUCUUCUCGGUCUACACGGGCAUCAUUUACAACGACUGCUUCUCAAAGUCCCUCAACGUGUUUGGCUCUGCCUGGAGUGUCAGGCCGAUGUUCGACUCUCGAGCAGGAGGCAACUGGACGUUUGAAACACUUGAAGGCAAUAAAGUUUUGCAGUUGGACCCAGCAAUAGAUGGAGUGUUUAAAGGGCCAUACCCCAUCGGCAUCGAUCCGAUAUGGAACAUUGCGACCAACAAGCUGACAUUUCUGAACUCCUUCAAGAUGAAGAUGUCUGUUGUCCUGGGAGUCAUCCACAUGCUGUUCGGAGUCACUCUCAGUCUCUUCAACCACCUGUAUUUCCAGAAGCCACUGAAUAUCUACUUGGGAUUUAUCCCAGAGAUUGUCUUCAUGGCCAGUUUGUUUGGCUACCUCGUCAUCCUGGUCUUCUAUAAGUGGGUCGCGUAUGAUGCGCGCACCUCCAGGGAUGCUCCCAGUCUCCUCAUCGCCUUUAUCAACAUGUUCCUCUUCAACUACAACGACCCCAGUAACAAACCUCUCUACAGAGGACAGGCGGCUGUACAAUCACUCUUGGUGGUCAUCGCCUUGGCAUGUGUUCCCUGUAUGUUAAUAGUGAAAACUCUGGUUCUGCGGAGACAGUACUUGUGGCGGAAACAUUUGGGUACACAGAACUUUGGAGGGAUCAGGGUGGGCAACGGGCCCACUGAGGAUGAGGCUGAAAUCAUCCAGCAUGACCAGCUCUCGCAGCACUCGGAGGAAGAACCCGAGCAUUGCCUUUUGUCACCUGCUCUCAAGGCCCGCGAGGAAGAAGAGUUUAACUUUGCGGAUGUGGCAGUGCAUCAGGCAAUCCAUACCAUAGAGUACUGCCUGGGCUGUAUCUCAAACACUGCUUCCUAUCUGAGGCUUUGGGCCCUCAGUCUGGCUCAUGCACAGCUGUCGGAGGUGCUGUGGUCCAUGGUGAUGCACAUUGGCCUUUCUAGCAGCAGUCUGGGAGGCUUCGUCCUUCUGGCCAUAGUCUUUUAUUUCUUUGCUGUUCUCACAGUUGCCAUUCUCCUUAUUAUGGAGGGCCUGUCUGCCUUCCUGCACGCACUGCGACUGCACUGGGUGGAGUUCCAAAACAAGUUUUACUCAGGCCAGGGCUUCAAGUUCCUCCCCUUCACCUUCGAAAGCAUCUUGGAUGGGAGGUUUGAAGACUGAGUUCUGACUCCUCCUCUUCUAUUAAUGUCACUCAUCUCUUGAGAGUCUGUGUGGUUGUUGAGUAGAGAUUUUUUUUUUUUUUUUUAGUGAUGUAGUUUCCAAUAUCCUGGGAGUUAUCACACCUUCAUGAGAUUAUCUGUCAGACUCCAUAUGGUUCAAACUUCUCAUCAUUUUCAGAAUCAGUAUCUAAAUUUGGAACAUUGACUCAGAAAAGAUUUAAUUAUUAAUUCAUUCAUUCAUUCCAGAGAAAAUAGCAUUAACUGUAAUCUGUUAUGUGUGUUGUCUUGGUGAAGUCCUUUUGUUUUACCUGUGUUUUAUUUAGUUUAAUAUUAUUUAUGCAAAAAUUCUUUAUAAAACCUGCAUUUUUCCUAUAUGGGAGUGUUGCAAUACAGAUCAUUGUGUGCAAAUUUCUUGACUGAUGACGUUGACAAAUGCUUAGUCAGCGUAAAAUGACAGAAAGUCUUUUCCACAUUGCUGUAUCUGGAUUGUCUCUUUCUCUUUGUUAUUGGCAUUAUUCUUCAGCAGCAAUCAACAUCUUAUGCACAGAGCUCAUCUGUUUUAUUUAAAAAAAAAACAAAAAAAAACACACAGACCCACUUUGCACACGCAGACACCUCCUUUUACAUUGCAUACUGACCUCGCACAUAGAGCUAUAAAGGUCUAAAGGGAAUACAGUUGAACCUCCAUCAGGACUUCGGUCCGUUCUCUGAAAAUCAAAAUAAACUGACUGAUCUCGCGUUGUGCUCUGAUGCCCUUUGUGUUGAGUGAGCCGUUCUCUCUGUCGAUCCACAUGGAGAGAACGGAGAGAAUCUGUGGGUGGAUAGUAGGUGGAUGUUGUAUAACAAACGAACACGCUAAAAUGAUUUGACACUGUCAGUAUUGCUCUUUUUUUCUUUUUUUGUUCCUUAUACUGAUUUCAUUUGUAUGUGAAAAGUUUCGAAUGUUUUCCUCACACUUAGAAGGGAGUAAGAGCGGCAUACAGCAGACAUGUUCAAAUAGAACAAAUUCCGCGGAAAUGGUUGAGCACUCGCAUUAAAUGUGCUUCUCUUUGUCAAUAAAGUGGAAAGAGGUGGUUUAA